UUAAGAGGUUUUGUUGGUCACGUGGUUUCUCUUCGGCGCACUGAAGCAUCGACACACGUUGCCGCGAGAUUUCAGCUUUGUACGGUCAAUGCUGAGGACCAUUCACUUACUUUGAUAACUCGAGUGUUUUCAGACUUUAUCAUCUCUUUAUUUAUCAGUCUCCCUCCCACAGGAAAGACCCACUGCUCCCACUGCUCCCACUGCUCCCACAGCCUCCACCAGCAGCUCCACCAGCAGCUCUCCUGUGUUGUUUACUGAGAAGUUAGCCCGGGAAAGAUUAGCCAGCUUUGUGAAAUAGGUCACGGAGCUGCUUGUUGACAGCAGGGUCUGGUUGUUCCCACUCGUGUUCGCGUUCACAGCUGGAUUCACACGAUGGUUUUACUGAAGAACCUCCGUCCACCCACCGAGGGAGUGAGGCACGAGCAGGCGGAGACCUCGGCCGUGAUGGGGGACCAGAAGCUGGGCUGUGGCACGCUGUACGUGGCUGAAACGAACCUGUCAUGGUUCGAUGGUGCAGGGCUGGGUUUCAGUCUGGAGUAUCCCGCCAUCGGCCUGCACGCCAUCUCCAGAGACGUCAGCUCAUUCCCACAGGAACACCUCUACGUCAUGGUCAACGGCAAAGUCGGAGGUGAGAACGAAGCAGAGAUGGCUGAGAAAGCUGAUGAAGAGGAAGAUGACGACAGCAGCAGCAGCGUUGGUGAUGAUGAAGAAGAAGGACGGAUCACAGAGAUCAGAUUUGUGCCCAGCGACAAGGCAGCAUUGGAGUCCAUGUUCUCUGCGAUGUGCGAGUGUCAGGCUCUGCAUCCCGACCCGGAGGACGACGACUCUGGAGACUUUGAAGGAGAAGAGUACGACGUGGAGGAGGCCGAAGCAGAGCACGGCCACGCAGACAUCCCCACCUUCUACACCUGUGAAGAGGGUCUGUCAUCGCUCACUCAGGAGGGCCAGGCCACGCUGGAGAGGCUGGAGGGGAUGUUGGCUCAGUCUGUGGCUCAGCAGUACAACAUGGCCGGGGUCCGGACAGGAGAGGCGAACGCUGAAUUCGAUGAUGGUAUGGAGGUGGAUGCAGCAGCCAUGGAGGCGGGUCAGUUCGAGGACGCCGACGUGGAUCACUGAUCUGUCCCCUCAGCAGCCGGUCACAGCAGCAGUGUUGCAUCAUGGCGGUUGAAGAAGAAGAAGAAGAAGAAGAAGACAGCAGCACUUGUUUAAAGCUCUCAGCUCUUACUUUAGCUCUUUCUGUUCCUGGCACUAAAAAAACUUCCCGUGAACUUAAAACUUCUCAUCAAUUUGUGUUUCUUAUUCUCUGGUGUGGGCUCGGAGCUCAAAUGUUAAACUGUGUUGAUAUCUAUCUGCUCGUCCUCCCGUCGCCUCCCUCUCUCUCUUAUAAUGAGCAGUGUGUGCUGUAAGUCAGCUUCUGUAAACCGUUGAGAGGCCGCCCCACAGCGACCCGAAGCUGUUUCUGUUUUGUAACUUACUACCAGUUUAAUAUCUGCUUUUCCUGCUGAGGAGAGUUCAUGUCUUUGUAUGAAAUUGUCAAUAAAUGAAUAGUUUUUGUAUGAGA